AUGAUCUGGAAUAUUCAGAAUACGUGUCUGGCAUCACCAUUUUCUUCACGGUUUUUGCUGCUGUACAUGUUUACCCUUAUUGAUUGUUUGGUAUCGAAUGAUUCCACAGAGUUUUCCUGCCGUGGUCGUCAGAUUAUUAUUAUUAUUAUUCUGUUUCUUCUUGUUUCUUUCUAUUGUUUAAUUUCUUCUGUUUCUCUUUCUUUUUCUCCUUUCGUUUCUUCUUCUUGUUUCUUUUUCUUCUUGUUUCUUUUUCUUUUCUUUAUUUGCUUUCUCUUUCUUUUUUCUGUUUCUUUUUUUUUUUCGUUUUCUCUUUCUUUUUUUCGUUUUCUCUUUCUUUUUUCUUCUUCUGUUUCUUCUUGUUUCUUUUUCUUUUCUUUUCUUUCUUUCUUUUCUUUAUUUACCUUCUCCUUAUUUGCCUUCUCUUUCUUUUUUCUGUUUCUUUUUCCGUUUUCUCUUUCUUUUUUUCGUUUUCUCUUUCUUUUUUUCGUUUUCUCUUUUUUUUCGUUUUCUCUUCCUUUUUUACUUCUGUUUCUUCUUGUUUCUUUUUCUUUCUUUUCUUUAUUUACGUUCUCUUUAUUCGCCUUCUCUUUCUUUUUUCUGUUUCUUUUUUUCUUUCUUUUUUUCUGUUUUUUUCGUUUUCUCUUUCUUUUUUUCUUCUGUUUCUUUUUCUUCUUGUUUCUUUAUCUUUUCUUUCUUUCUUUUCUUUAUUCGCCUUCUCUUUAUUCACCUUCUCUUUCUUUUUUCUGUUUCUUUUUUUCGUUUUCUGUUUCUUUUUUCGUUUUCUCUUUCUUUUUUUCUUCUUCUUCUUUUCUUUUUUUUUUCUUUUCUUUUCUUUUCUUUUUUCUUUAUUCGGCUUCUCUUUAUUCCUUCUUCUUUCUUUUUUCUGUUUCUUUUUUCGUUUUCUCUUUCUUUUUUUCUUCUGUUUCUUCUUCUGUUUCUUUUUCUUUUCUUUAUCUUUUCUUUCUUUCUUUUCUUUAUUCGGCUUCUCUUUAUUCACCUUCUCUUUCUUUUUUCUGUUUCUUUUUUUCGUUUUCUCUUUCUUUUUUUCUUCUGUUUCUUCUUCUGUUUCUUUUUCUUCUUGUUUCUUUAUCUUUUCUUUCUUUCUUUUCUUUAUUCGGCUUCUCUUUAUUCACCUUCUCUUUCUUUUUUCUGUUUCUUUUUUUCGUUUUCUCUUUCUUUUUUUCUUCUGUUUCUUCUUCUGUUUCUUUUUCUUCUUGUUUCUUUAUCUUUUCUUUCUUUCUUUUCUUUCUUUCUUUUCUUUAUUCGCCUUCUCUUUAUUCGCCUUCUCCAACUCAGAUGAAGUCUAAGUGUCAUUUCCUCUACCUUUCAUCUCUCCCUCUAUCUCUUUCUCUCUCUCUUUCUCUCUUUCUCUCUCUCUUUCUUUCUCUCUUUCUUUUUUUCUUUUUCUCGCUUUCUUUUUCUUUUACUCUUUUUCUCGCUUUCUUUUUCCUCUUUUUUCUUUUUCUCUCCUGCUUUCUUUCUUCCUCUUUCUUUUUCUCUUCUUUCUUUUCUCUUCUUUCUUUUUUCCCUUCUUUCUUUUUUCCGUUUCUGUCUUUUCCCUUUUUUCUUUUUCCCUUUUUUCCUUCUUUCUUUCUUUUUUCUCUUUCUCUCAUUCUUUUUUCUCUCUUUCUUUUUCGUCUCUUCCUUUCUUUUUAUCACAGUUUCGUUCUUUUUUUCUCUCUUUCUCUCUUUCUUUCUUUUUCUCUCUUUCUUUCCUUCUUUUUUUCUCUUUCUUUCUUUUUCUCUCUUUCUUUCUUUUUCUCUCUUUCUUUCUUUCUUUUCACCUUUCUUUCUUUUCUUUCAUUUUCUUUUUCUUUCAUUUUUUUUCUUUUUCUUUCUCUCUCUCUCUCUCUCUCUCUCUAUAUAUAUAUAUAUAUAUAUAUAUAUAUGUGA